GAAACAUUGUGGAAACAUUUUGCGCAAACCACUUUUGGAACUAAUCAACAUUCGAAGUGUGCGGCAACCUUUCCAACUGAUGAUUGCUGUGUUUCUGUGUGGUUCAUGAAGUCUCCUCGGCAGGACCUCUGACAGAAACGCAAAGGAUUUGAUUCAUUCCACUUCCUUCCUGGUCAUUCCUAAAAACAAUUACACUUUAAAAAAAAAAACUCAGAAGAACUGGACAAAAGCCACCAGGGAAGUGGCCGAAAUGAGAAACAUGAAGGGUCUAUCAUUUCACUUGGUUGCUGUAAUUAUUGCCCAUCUCAAUGGCGGUGUGGUCAUUCGGAGCCAGUCAGUCUGCAGCCGAGCGACCAGUCCACAGUGGCGCUUACAACCACAGACGGUUCAGGUGAGAUGGACACUCAUGGAAAACACCUGUAACAGUACGGUCCAAUGUUGGGGGGAUGAAGAGCGGGCCGGGACACCGCCAUCCCACUUUUGGCCCGUUACCGACUUACCUCAGAUUUGUCCCCUGGAGUUACAGUUCGGUGACAAGCUGUUUAUGUCCACCGAUGCUACUCUGGGUUUGUAUGGUAUCAGGAUCAUCAGUGUGUCCAAAGAGGACUUUGAAAGUUGUUCCACUGCGUCGCAGUCACGAGACCGGUUUGUCUUUACGGAUGACAUUCUGAAUGGUACUAGGCAGGUUGAGCCAAAAUGGCUUACUCCGGGCCUUCAUUAUUUCUUAGCUUCACACGAGGGGGAUUCACAGCUCUGCAAGCUGGGCCUUCGUCUCAACGUGUCUGUGAAGGAACAGCGGUGUCAGAGCAGUCCGCUGGUGCGCCUGUGCUCCGGGAACGGGGUUUGUCGGACGGGCUUCUGGGAAAGUGGAGCGUACCGCUGUCAGUGCCUCCGUCAUUACUCAGGGAAGUUCUGCGAGAGGUUCCGCACGUGUUUGGACAACCCUUGUGAGGACAGAGCAGUCUGCUUGAGCAACGAGACUGGCCGCGUCCACGCCACGUUCAGGUGUUUCUGCCCUCCGAAGUUUACAGGUUUGAACUGCUCUGACGUGUUUGGACGAGGUGACUGCUGUAGAGUUUGUCGUAAUGGCACCUGUUUUCAGGUUUUCCCUUUGUCCUUCAGAUGUGUGUGUGACACUGCACAUCCAGGUCUUCCCUGCGGCACCUCUUGUGAUCCCAACCCAUGCAGGAACGGCAGAGUGUGCAGAGAGAGUUCGGAGAACGCCAGCGGAUAUGUCUGUGCUUGUCCGGAGGGAUUCACUGGCCCCCGCUGUGAAACUCCCGUCGACAACAACUGCUUGUCGUACGAGUGUCAGCGGGAACUUGCAUGCUCCUCGAAGGAACAUAUUUCUCCUGAGUGUGUUGCCUCAGCCAGGCUCUGUGAAGAUGACCCCACCGGCCCACUGUGUGGCAGACAGCGCGGCCCGUGUGACCCUUCACCCUGCCUUAACAACGCCAGCUGCUCGGUCCGGGGGGAGGACUUUGUGUGCAGGUGCCUGCCAGGGUUUUCCGGGAAGCGCUGUGAUGAGAUAAUAAACUACUGCAGCCUGCUCCACAUCAACUGCCUGCACGAGGGAAUCUGCCUCAGUGUAAUUGGAGGAUUCAAUUGUCUCUGCGCACCAGGAUGGAUGGGGGAGGUCUGUCAGUACGUGGGGAACGCCUGCCUCAUCUACCCCGACGGCUGUCUGAAUGGGGGCACGUGCGUCACCACGAGUCAACCGACGGAUCCCCCGCAAUACCGAUGCACGUGUCACCGCGACUACACUGGACCCCACUGUGAGUCUGAAAUUGAUGACUGCAUUUCCAGCCCCUGUCAGCACAAUGGGAUAUGCAUGGACUUUGCUGGCUUCUACAAAUGCCGGUGUCCCCCUGGGUUUCUGGGGCUGGACUGUGAGGUGGACGUGGAUGCUUGCACCCUCCCCAACGCCACAUGUCCUGUGAACAUGCAGUGCCUGGACCUGCCCGAUGGACUGAAGUACCUGUGUCGCAUGCUGUGCCCUCAGAACAUACAACCCUGUGCCAACAUGGGUCGGUGCGUCGUGAACGACGCCAGCAGUUACGCGUGUCUCUGCGCCCCUGGAUGGACAGGACGCAACUGCCGGGUCAACGUCGACGACUGUGUUCAGCACUGGUGUCAGAACGGGGCCACCUGUGUGGACCGCGUCGAUGGUUAUGGCUGCCUCUGCCCGAAUGGCUACGGCGGUGCGCGCUGCGAGGUGGAUGUCAAUGACUGUCCGGGCCACCGCUGCUCCGAGCGCGGCGUCUGCCUGGACUGGCCGGGUGGCUACACCUGUCGCUGUGACCUCGGGUUCGAGGGGCGGGACUGUGAGCGCGAGACGGACGAGUGUCUGAGUUCCCUGUGCGCCAACGGGGCCACCUGUGAGGAUCUGACAGGCAGCUACCGAUGCCACUGUCCGCCAGGCUUUGAAGGCCAGUGGUGCUCAGAGAAUAGUGACGACUGUUGGUCAAGGCCUUGUCUGAAUGGAGGUUCCUGUGUGGAUCUGCUGAAUGGACACAUCUGCCACUGCCCUUUUGGGUUUGAAGGGGAACACUGCUCUGUGGAUUUGGACCUCUGCACAUUAGCAUUGUGCCAAGAACAUACAGUGAACUGUACUGAGACUGACAACGGGCAGAACGUCUUGUGUGUUUGUGAAAAAGGCUUCGGCGGGCCGUUCUGCGAGGAGAAUCUGAACGACUGCCAGUCCAUGCCAUGCCAGAACGGCGCUGUGUGUGUGGACGGUAUUGACCUGUAUUACUGCUUCUGUCCUGCCGGUUUCGAGGGGAAGAACUGCCAAGUCAACUAUGAUGAAUGUGACUAUGGAUUCUGCUCCAACAAUUCCACAUGUAUUGACCUAGUUGCUGACUACGAAUGUGUCUGCCCAGUGGGAUUUGCCGGUAAAAACUGCUCCACACCUGUCUUGGAGUGUGCGUCAGACCAAAGGUCAAAAUGCAAAAAUAGAGGCAUCUGUUAUGUCUUGUCCGGAAUGGUUCGCUGUUCUUGCCCUUCAGGAUGGGGAGGCGACGACUGCGACACACCGAUGAACCAAUGUGUGUCCAAUCCCUGUGACCCGGGGGGAACCCUCUACUGCAAAGAGCUGGCGAACGACUUCAGGUGUGUCUGCCAGCAUGGAUAUGUCGGGCGGCUGUGCGAAACCCCCAUAAGCCACUGCGUCGACGGGCUGUGUCAUCACGGAUCAAAGUGUGUGGAUCUGCUGAGAGGAUUCGAGUGCCGUUGUUUACCCGGCUCAACAGGCCGGUUCUGUGAGGUGAAGACUGACGACUGCAGGGCGGAGCCAUGCGGGCCUCUGAGCCUGUGCAAAGACACUGUCAAUGGCUACAGUUGUUUCUGCGCUCCUGGAUUCAUAGGUAAUAAUUGUGAGACAGAAGUGAACGAGUGCCUGAGCCAACCCUGCCAGAACGGAGCUACCUGCUCUGAUGAGCUGAAUGGAUUCAGCUGCCGGUGUCCAGUCGGAAUCACGGGUGACAACUGUGAACUGAAUAUUGACGAGUGUCUGUCGUCACCAUGCCGACACAAUAGCACGUGCGUGGACCUGGCGAACGGCUACGAAUGUCUCUGUCUCCCCGGCUUUACCGGUACGGAGUGUGAGCUGGACGUUGACGAGUGUGCCUCUUCUCCGUGCAAGAACGGAGCCACUUGCAUUGACCAGCCAGGCAAUUACCACUGUCAGUGUCUGACUCCAUUCAAAGAAAUUUUCAAAGGCCAGAACUGUGAGUUCCUCCCCUGCGAGGCCAACAACCCCUGUGAGAACGGCGCUGAAUGCGUAGAGGAGCCUGACCGGCUCCAUUUCCCCCUCGGCUUCAGCUGUCGCUGUGGGCGUGGCUUCGCCGGCCCCCGCUGUGAGAUCAACGUUGACGAGUGCAGCUCGGACCCCUGCCUUCGCGGCUUCUGCUAUGACGUGGUCGAUGGCUUCUACUGCCUGUGCAACCCUGGAUACGCUGGCGUGAGGUGUGAGCACGGCGUGGAUGACUGCGCUGACAACAUGUGCAUCAACAACUCCACAUGCAGAGAUCUCCACCUGAGUUACGAGUGCCUCUGUCUCCCGGGGUGGGAGGGCGAGUUCUGUCAACGGGAAGUAGACGAGUGCUCAUCGCAGCCGUGUCAAAACAACGCCACCUGCAGCGACCUCCUCAACGGCUACAGGUGUGAAUGCCUACAAGGCUGGGCAGGCCGGGACUGCACCGAUGACAUCAACGAGUGUGACUCCCAGCCCUGCCUAAACGGAGCCCGGUGUCAGGAGUCCCACCUCCCCGGGGAGUUCAGCUGCACCUGCCCCCCCUUCUUCACUGGGCCCUUAUGCAAUGUGCCCUUUGACCCCUGUGACCCCGCCCACGAUCCCUGUCUUCACAAUGCUACCUGCCUGACACGCUCCAACGGAACGGCUGUUUGCAGAUGCCAACCCGGAUUCGAGGGAACUCGCUGUGAAAUUGACACAGAGGAGUGUAUCUCGGGCCCGUGCCAGAACCAGGGCCGCUGUCUUGAUGGGGUCAACAGCUACAGCUGUUACUGUGAACCUGGAUUUUCUGGCCAACACUGUGAGGAAGACAUCAAUGACUGUGCCUCCAGCCCCUGCCAGAAUGGAGGCAUUUGCCAAGACCUUGUGAAUAGAUUCCGCUGUAAUUGCCCGCCUGGAUAUUUUGGCGUCCUGUGUGACCUGGAUGUGAAUGAGUGUGAGGUGUCACCCUGCCUCCAAGAGGGCACGUGCAUCAACAGACCUGGGGGCUUCAAGUGUGUCUGUCGCCCUGGAUACGCAGGGACUUGGUGUGAGCUGAGCAUCGACGAAUGUGUUUCGAACCCAUGCCGGAAUGGCGGUAGCUGUGUGGACGGUCCCAAUCGAUACCAGUGCUUGUGUGGCGGUGGCUUUGUGGGUUUUCACUGUGAAAUCAACACUGACGAAUGUGUGUCAGGCCCCUGUCAUCAUGGGAGAUGUAUUGAUGGAGUGGAUGCGUACAUCUGCCAUUGUGAGUUGGGAUGGACAGGCGAGAGAUGUGAAAUGAACGUUGACGAAUGCACUUCCGUUCCGUGUCUGAAUGGUGGAACCUGUUUGGACCUGGUCGAUAAAUACGCUUGUUUCUGUCUGGAUGGACACAGCGGGAAGAACUGUGAGAUUGACGUGGAUGUCUGUCUUGAGAGUCCCACCAAUGUCUCCCUGUGUCUCAACGGAGGCACUUGUCUGGAUGGCACUGGGGCCAAUUUCACCUGUAGCUGUACAGCGGGGUUCAUCGGGGACUUCUGUGAGGUGAACACUAAUGAAUGCUGUUCAGAUCCAUGUCUCCAUGGUGCGAUCUGCCAGGACCUGGUUAACGGAUACCUCUGCCACUGUAGGGCAGGUUGGACAGGCCUUCACUGUGAGUUGGACAUUAAUGAGUGCCUUCCCCAGCCCUGCAACCAGGGAAUGUGCAUCCAGAACGAGCCUGGCUACGGCUACACCUGUUUCUGUCGCCCCGGAUUUGUGGGGAAAAGCUGCGAGCACAAUUACGAUGACUGCCUGCUCCAGCCAUGUCCAGCGGGGUAUACAUGCGUUGACGGCAUCAACGGGGUCAGCUGCCAGCCCGCGGAGGGCGACAUGUCCUCUGUUCCCUGGGAGCCUGUUCUCACACCACCUCCACGGGAGUCUCUGGUCACCGCCUCGCCAGCCUCGCCAGUGUCAGAAUAUGGUGAACAACCAACAGAUUCUAGCUACAUCCAGUAUUUUGGUAAUUCCUACCUGGAGUUUGAGGGGAUUGAUCUCGGCGCCAACAACAACAUCACUGUGAGGUUUCAGACCUGGGAGCCGCAGGGGACCCUCCUGUACGUGGACCAAGGAGCCGUUACCAGGGGCUUCUUCUUCAUGAAACUCUUCAUCCAGGAUGGAAUGCUGCAGUAUGCUUUCUCCUGUAACCAAGAGGAAGGUGUCAGAAGGAUUAAUACAUCCCAACGCGUUGACAAUGGCAGUCCGUUCAUCGUCUAUGUCAGACAACACCUAGCCCCAUGCGAAGCGGAGGUGGUCUUGUCUGGGCAUGAGAGAGUCAGAAGCAGGCCCAGCAACUACUGGUCAGGACUCACAAUACAGAGAACAAGCCAUCUCUUCAUAGGAGGUCUGCCUCAUCGAUACCAGCCAUAUCAGGGGGCCAAACCCUUCUCCAACUACACAGGCUGCAUUGAAAUAGUUGAAAUGAAUAAGCUGAGGGGAUUCUAUACUUCUAGUGCCAUUGCCGGCAGCAACGUGGACCACUGCAGGUUUCCCUGGGGCCCAUUAGGUACCCCAGAAUCCUUCACUAGAAGUCAGUUUGAUUGGACUCAAAGGCCCAGCACUCCCAGAGUGAACACGUCACUAAGGACCACCCAGUCCACUACCACUGUUAGAGAUCAAGGUUCACCUGGUAUCAGCGCAUCGCUAUGGACCCGGACACCUCCAUCCCGACCUCCACCCGUACCUCACCGCCCAUGGCAACCUAUUCCUACCCUGCCCCGACAACCAGUGCCUAUCCUGCCACAGCAACCAGCAUCCAGGCCCUGGCAACCAGCUCCUACUCAUCCCUGGCAACAAACAGUCCCUACCCAGACUCAGCGACCAGUAUAUGACCCUUGGCAACCAGCCCGUACCAGACCUCAGCCACCACCACCAGCUCCUACCAGGCCCUGGCAACAUACUCCUACCUGGUACACACCAGCUCCUACCAGGUCCCUGCCUCCACCGCCAGCUCCUACCAGGCCUCCACCAGUUCAUACCAGGCCUCAGCCACCACCACCAGCUCCUACCAGGCCUCCACCAGUUCAUACCAGGCCUCAGCCACCACCACCAGCUCCUACCAGGCCUCCACCAGUUCAUACCAGGCCUCAGCCACCACCACCAGCUCCUACCAGGCCUCCACCAGUUCAUACCAGGCCUCAGCCACCACCACCAGCUCCUAUCAGGCCUCAGCCACCACCACCAGCUCCUACCAGGCCUCAGCCACCACCACCAGCUCCUACCAGGCCUCAGCCACCACCACCAGCUCCUACCAGGUCUCCACCAGUUCAUAUCAGGCCUCAGCCACCACCAUCAGCUCCUACCAGGCCUCAGCCACCACCACCGGCCCCUACUCGACCCUGGCAACCUACUCUGAGCCGGUACAAACCCAUCUCUACCAGGCCUCCGCAACCACCACCAGUUCCUACCAGGCCACAACCACCACCACCAGUUCCUACCAGGCCUCAACCACCACCACUAGUUCCUACCAGGCCUCAACCACCACCACCACCAGUUCCUACCAGGCCUCAACCACCACCACUAGUUCCUACCAGGCCUCAACCACCACCACUAGUUCCUACCAGGCCUCAACCACCACCAGUUCCUACCAGCCGUCAGCCACCACCACCAGCUCUUACACGCCCCCCUCUAACCCCUACCAGGCCCUGGCAGCAUACUCCCACCAGGCCUCCACUUGCUCCUACCCGGCCUCAGCCUCCACCCCCAGCUCCCACCAGGCCCUUGCAGCUCCCACCUGCCCCCACCCAGCCCCCAACCCUAAUCUGCCACGCCCACCUCUGUCGUAACGGUGGGUCCUGCCGUGAGCAGCAGAGUCCUGGUGGUGACCUGUCCUUCUACUGCGACUGUCCCCUCCACUUCACUGGACUCCUCUGUGAGAAAGACGCCACGAUAUUCAUCCCGUCUUUCAACGGCACAUCGCACCUGGAGCUGCCGCCCGUCGCCUCUCUUCUGCAGGCUCCAGGGGCCGGCGUGGCCUCCUCUUCCCCUAAUGGCGGCGUCACCGUUACCCUGCAUCUGACUGUCAGAACCCCAGCUACUCAAGGCACCGUCCUCUACACCCGGGAGGAGAACUUUGGAGACAGGUUUCUUCACGUGUUUCUCCAGGACGGCAUCCCGGUGGUGAAUCUGGGAUGUGGCGGUGUUCACUUGUUGAAGGCGGAGGCAGACCAAGCGAUCAACACGAACAGGCUGACGUCCAUCACGAUCCGAUAUCGGUUGCCUGGCAGUAGGAGUGAAGGGUCGUGUAUGAUUGAAAUAGGAGUGGAUAAUGGGACGAUGAAGCGUCAGGAGGAACCCCAGUUCCAGUCCUUGUCAGAGGCAGCGUUCGGGCCUAUAUUCCUGGGGGACGUACCGUCCGACAGGGAUCCUCCUGACAGUUCCAGGGAGGUGACCGGCUUUGUGGGCUGCAUCCAGGAGCUCCACAUCAACUCUAAAGAGGUCUACAUAACAGCAGAGGCCCUGGGCGGGAGGAACAUCCAUAACUGUGCCACACCUGUCUGCCAGCACCUGCCCUGCCGCCACGGAGGCACCUGUGUCAGUGAUGCGGAGGACUGGUACUGUGAGUGCCCCCCACUGUUUUCGGGUCGGCUCUGCCAGUUCACCGCCUGCCAGUGGAGUCCCUGUGCACACGGAGCUACCUGCAUCCCCAAGUCCCCCCUGGAAGUCGUGUGUCUCUGCCCUUACGGGAGACAGGGCCUGCUGUGCGACGAGGUCGUUGACAUCACGCGUGCCCGGUUCAGUGGUAAUGACGAGUUUGGCUACACCUCCUUCGCGGCGUACUCCUCCAUCCCCAGCCUCAGUCUCUACUACGAGUUCCAGCUGAAAGUGACGUUUGCCGACAACGCCUUGGCCCUGAAGGACAACCUCAUCCUCUUCUCAGGACUGAAGGGGCAAGGCGUCGACGGAGAUGACUUCCUGGUUCUGGGAGUCCGGAAUGGCCGGAUCGUUCACAAGUUUAACCUUGGAUCUGGUGUGGGAACCAUUGUCAGUGAUCGGAUAAAUCGUAGCAUUGAUAUCCACACUGUGAACUUUGGAAGGUCUCUGAGGACCGGAUGGCUAAAGGUGGAUGGACAGAGAAACAGGACAGCCUCCUCUCCGGGACAUUUGGUGGGCCUCAAUGCCCUCAGCCAAGUCUUUGUAGGGGGAUAUAAUGAAUACACCCCUGAACUGUUGCCGCUGGGAUCCAGGUUUCGCAACGGCUUUCAAGGCUGCAUAUUCGAUGUGGAAUUCCGGACGAGGAGAGACGGGAAGUUCAUACCGCUGGGGAGCCCUGAGGGUCACCCCAACUCGGGGCGCAGCGUGGGCCAGUGUGGGGUCACACCCUGCACCCUGGUGACCUGCAGGAACGGGGGGACCUGCGUGGACUCGGGGUCCUCGGUGUAUUGCCAGUGCCCAUUCGGAUGGAAGGGAGCACUCUGCUCCGAGACGGUGUCAGUGUGCGACGCCGAACACAGUCCCCCGCCCCUGUGUGCCCAAGGUUCCACCUGCAUUCCACUUCCGGAGGGAUACACCUGCCUUUGCCCCCUGGGCACGGGCGGACUGCACUGUCAGCAAGCAAUGACCAUCAGUGACCCAUUCUUCAGCAGUAACCAGUUAUCCUGGAUGUCUUUUCCUCCGACCAGCAUGAGGCACAGCACAGACCUCUGGCUGCAAUUCCAGACAUUGUCGCCAGAGGGCAUCCUCUUCUACACGGCUCAGCACCUCAGCACCAGGGCUGGAGACUUCUUCUGCGUGUCACUAACGACGGCCCGUGUCCAGUUCCGUUACAACCUGGGUUCUGGAACCAACGUGUUACAGUCCCGUAACACAGUGGACACCAGUGGCGGGACCUGGCACACGCUCAGGGCCGGCAGGACUGGCCACCGGGGUUACCUGGUUCUGGACGGGGUUGAGGUGAAGCAGAACGACACAGAGGGGACCAUGACCACCCUGGACGUGGCCACGGACCUGUUCGUCGGCGGCGUGUCCGACCUGAGCGCCAUCUCCCCUUUCGCCGUAGAGGACGCGCCCACUGGCUUCACCGGAGGCAUGAGGGAGCUCAUCCUGAAUGGACACGACUUCGACUUGUCGGAGACUGGCGCCGUGGGAGGGGCCAACGUGGGCGACUGGGACGGGACGGCGUGCGGCUAUAAGGUUUGCCGGAACGGCGGUCGCUGCGGAGCGUCGAGCGACGUCGGGUCGGACUCGUUCACGUGCGCCUGCCCUCCGACGUGGACGGGCCGGGUGUGUAACCAGUCGGUGUACUGUGUCGGCAACCUCUGUCAGCACGGGUCGCUGUGUUUCUCCGCCCCCGCCGCCGGCACGUACUCCUGCGUGUGUCCUCUGGGCUGGGAGGGGACGUACUGCGACCAGCCGGUGGGCGUGGGCAUGACCACUCUGAGGUUUGUCGGGAACUCUUACGUGAAGUACAGGGAUCCCAGAUUUAACACCAGGAAUCUGAGGUACACGCGGGUGUCGUUUAACCUGACCACAAACGAGAGUGAGGGGUUGAUUCUGUGGAUGGGGCGGGCCGGGCACGACGACGACGACUACCUCGCGGUCGGGAUCUCCGGCGGCAGCCUAAAAAUCGCCGUUAACCUCGGAGAGAGACUCACUCCGCCUUUCACCGUAAGAAACGCCACGCUGUGUUGCGACAAAUGGCAUUAUUUGUCGGUCUCUCUGGACGGUACCAUGAUGCAGGUGUUCCUGGGCGAUGUGAGGGUCCUGAAUGAAGACGUGGACCCGUUUGAGCGUUAUGUCGCACUGAAUUACGGGGGUCAGAUGUACUUUGGCGGGUUUGAGCUGCACAGAAACAUAUCGGUGGUGACAUCAGGGUUGUUCAGAAAAGGCUUCACGGGAGACCUUAAAGAUGUGAGUUUGUAUCAGGACCGCCUAGAAAUCCUCCAAAACAGUGAAGGAUUUAAUGUUAACAAGGGCAUCGAGUAGUUGUUCUGUGAUUGUUCAAAAUGGGAAUUUAGUCUGUGCUGUUUAAUACAUUUUUCAAUAGUUUUUCUAGAUUCUGAAAGUAGAUAUUUUUUACAUUAUGUAUCCAUAACAGCAAUUUCAAUAGUCUUAAACUACAUUCCAUCCACAAAGGACGAGAUCUUAACAAUAAAAAGAUUAGCUUUAUUACGAACUGUACAUAAACACACGGUGCAGAAGGCACACUUGAUUUUUCUAAUGUACAUCACAAGCCAAAAUGUACAGAGACAAUAUUUGUCAAUAGAAAUAAUGAAUAGAAAAAACAUGUAUUUAUUUCUGUAUAGCAGUUUAAAAAAAUAAAAUUGAAAAACCAGAACAAGAGAAGCUUCUUUAAUUGCAAGUGUCUUUUGUUUUUCUUCUUCCCCCAUAACCUGUCUUCCUCAUCAGCUCCGUUACAUUCAUCUCUCUCUGCUGAAGUCAACAGUGGUCUGCCUCUCCACCCCAACAAUCCCAAUUUGUCUGGAACUUUGUGUUGCGUCAUGCUAUAGAAAUAAAUAAGUAAUAGUUCGAAUGAAUUACAUAUUUCGAUGUGUUUCCUCACCACGAAAGCAGCCCAAAUCGACAAGGGGCGGGUACAAUCAGAUCAAGCGCUGAAGGCAUUACAGAUCUUGAAUGUUUCCGCGCUGGCAGAUAUCCCUCAUUCACUGUACAUGUUGACUCAACGGAAAAUUGAUUACUGCCGAUUGGCCUGAACUCCGACUAAGGACUACAAUUAACACUUUGGCUUUGAUGAAAAGUUUGUAGCAUUGGUAUAUCAGAAUUAAUUCCCACUACAAGUUAAUAGGCUCCCAUUCAGCAUGAAACUCAUGCCCAAAUCAAUGCUGUCACACCUUGUACAUGGACUGCUGUUUUCUGGGAGCGAAACAGAUGUCAGAUGUCAGAAUGUGUAAAACAGUUGAACUACCCCUUUUAACCUCUCGUCGUGAGAAGUCGAAACAUAACGCUGAAUCACCACGUGACACAGAAUAAACAAACAUACAAUAAAAUGAACGGACACUUUAAAAAUGUGAGAUCUUCAAAAUUGAAAUAAAUCACCUUAAAGUCAUCAGGUGGUCUUUUAAGAAAAGCAGAUUUCUGAACAAGUCCUACUGAAAAAAGUUUUUUUUCCUUCCUCUACUGUACUGUAAAUAUAACUGUGUUAAAAAGGAACAUAUGUUAAAGGGGAAAAUGGCACAAAAGCGGUUGUAGAUUAGACUCAGGGUGGGUAGUUGUAGUACAUAAAAAAAAAAA